UUCACAGGGAGCUCAUAGCAUCUCUGUAUACAGAAGGCAUCUGACUUAAAAAGAAAGCAUUAGUGCAGCAAAGGUCUCAAAGAAGAACAAUUUCUCCGUCAGCAGCACUGUGAGAAUCAAAAGCUUUGUAUUUGGGCCACCAAUUGAAGAGGACAUAGUUGUGAGCUAUGGACGCCUGCUUCAAGAACACACAAGGUCUGUAUCUUUUGCUCUUUCUCUCUGUUUCUAGAGUGUUCUGUGUAUCAAUUCAUUACACUGUGCCUGAAGAGAAGAAAAGUGGGUCUCUAGUGGCUAAUGUGCUGAAAGAUUUAAAACUGAAAUCAGGGGAGCUUUCGGCUCGCAGAGCCCAGCUAGUGUCCAAAGGCAAUAAGCAGUACUUCCACCUUGAUAUCCACUCUGGGGAUCUGUUAAUACAUGACAAAAUAGACAGGGAAGCUUUGUGUGGACAGACUGAACCUUGCUUACUACAGUCUCAAAUUGUGCUGCAAACACCCUUGAAAAUCUACAGUAUUGACAUGGAGAUAGAAGAUGUAAAUGACAAUGCACCCAGUUUUUCUAAAAAUGAAUUUUUGUUGGAAAUUCCUGAGCAUGUUCUCCCAAAUACGAGAUUCCCCUUGGAGUCUGCCCAAGAUGAAGACUUGGGACAAAACAGCAUACAGAACUACACACUCAGUGCCAAUGAGUAUUUCCAUCUGGGGGUGGAAAGCAACACAGAUGGAAGCAAAUAUGUAGAACUCGUUCUGCAGAAAUCACUGGACAGAGAGAAAGAGCCAAACUUUGCCCUCACUCUUAUGGCUGUUGAUGGAGGGUUCCCACAGAGAACUGGCACCAUUCAAAUCAAGGUUAAUGUCCUGGACAUCAAUGAUAAUUCUCCUCAAUUUAGUCAGUCGGAGUAUAAGGUAAAGAUAAAAGAAAACACCCCUCGGGAUACUCUGAUUCUCAAAGUGGAAGCCUUAGAUAUGGACUUUGGUUCUAAUGCAGAAAUCACUUACAUCUUUCAUCGACCGUCUGCAAAAAUAUAUAAUUUGUUUCAUUUAAAUGAAAUGACUGGUGCAAUCACUGUUUUGGGAGAAACCGAUUAUGAAAAAGAAACCAGUUAUGACAUGAAUAUCAAAGCAACAGACGGUGGAGGACUUUCUGGGCACUGCAAGGUUCUCGUGGAGAUUGAGGAUGUGAAUGACAAUGCUCCAGAAGUUUCUGUCAUUUCUGUAAACAGUCCUUUGCCUGAGGAUUCUCCCCUGGAGAUGCUUGUUGCCCUCUUUAAUGUUAUGGACAGAGACUCAGGAGACAAUGGAAGAACGGUCUGCUCUGUAGACAUGAAUGUGCCCUUUGUUAUAAAGAGUACCACGGAUAAUUUUUACCAGCUUGUGAUCCAAAGUCCCCUGGAUAGAGAGAAAGUCACAGAGUACAAUAUCACCAUCACCGCCACAGACAGGGGCUCCCCUCGGCUCACAUCCACAAGAAUAAUUAAUGUUCAAAUCUCAGAUGUCAAUGACAACCUUCCUGUAUUUGAAAAGACUUUAUAUGAAAUGCAGAUAUGGGAAAAUAAUAUUCCAGGCCUGCUGAUUGGCUCAGUCCAUGCUGUUGAUCGGGACACAGAUAAAAAUGCCAAAGUGAGCUACCAGCUUUUGCCUGGGAAGCUUGGGGGUGGCCCUAUGACCUCUUACAUCUCAGUGAACUCAGAAACUGGAAAUGUGUAUGUCCUCCGAUCUCUGGACUAUGAACAGAUCAAAGACUUCCAAGUCACAGUAAGGGCAACGGAUGGUGGGAAUCCUCCACUGAGCUCAGAAGUAAUUGUCCGAGUCUUUGUCAUGGAUGAAAAUGACAAUGCUCCUUUCUUCCUCUACCCCCUUCAGAACAGCACAGCCCCUUGCAAUGAGCUGCUUCCCAAGACUGCGGAGGCUGAUUACUUGGUGACCAAAGUGGUGGCUGUGGAUGGGGAUUCUGGCCAGAACUCCUUGCUCUCCUAUGAACUGUUGAAAGCUACCGACCCCACUCUUUUCAGCAUUGGAGCCCAGAAUGGAGAGGUGAAAACCAGGAGACCUUUGAAUGAGCGAGACACAAGCAAACAGAGGCUUAUCAUCCUGGUCAGAGACAAUGGGGUCCCUCCACAGACCAGCACUACAACACUCAAUAUCCUUCCAGUGGAUGGCUUUUCUGAUCCUUAUAUGAAGAUGGUGGAUGUCAGACAACAAGAUCCAGAAGGAGAGGAGGAAACCUUGACCACGUAUUUAGUGAUCUGCCUGGCUGCAGUCUCAGCUCUGUUUCUAGUAUCUGUUGUUUCUUUUGUUGUUUUCAAAAUCUAUAAGAAAGGCACAAGGGAAUGUUUCAUGGCUGCACCUCCCCACUUCCCUCCUGCCAGACCUGAUAUUCCAGAGACCUGUUCAGAUUUUCAGAGUGGGUCCCUUUCCAGGAAUUAUCGCUAUGAUGUUUGCUUAACGGGUGGAUCCUUAAGCAGCGAGUUCCGAUUCCUCCGGCCUCUCAUUCCUGUUUUUUCUGUGGGGGAACCAAUUGUCCCUGUGAACCCCAAGACCUCUUCAGGUUCCCAAGACCUUCAUGACCAUUUAGAUGCCAAUAAAUCAACAGAGCAGGUAAGAUGA